CUUUAUUUACAAACGUUUUUGAAAACAGCCGUCAAAAUCGUGCUCCAGUGGCAUAUUCCGGGCGAAAGCCCUUUUGAGCACACCAAUAUUACUGGUCUUGCCGAUAUCGGAGGACCAGGAAGAGCAGGAGACGAAACAGGUGGAGGAACAGAAUCCGGAAUGACAGUGCCAGUUCAACGAAACUCAUUGGCGGUUUUACAGCCGCCUAGAUCAAGAUUCAUGAUUACUGAUAUCCUGGCCGGAAGUGGUCCUUCCCCUCCAUCUAAUACCGGCCCUCCAGAAGUUGGAGAUGAUAUAGAUACGCUUACAAACAGCUCCAGUGCUCAUUCAUCUAUCAACCAAGGGAAUGUGGAGACCCUAACGAGCAGUAUCAGUAUUGCUGCGGCAGGUGUAUCUCCUAUCGUUGGAAUCAUUAACGGCAGUACAAACGGUAGCGAAGAACGCACGCCAAGUCCGCCAAAUGCACCAAGAGAUUUCAGUCUCCCGCUUCCUGGACAUGGACCAUCGGCAAUUUUGCACACUGGAGCUGGCCCGCUCGCAUUGCACGCAGCAGCUGCUGCUGCCGCCGUUGCCGCCGCUGCGGUGAACGUUGGUCAUAGUGCCGAAGCUCAACACAAUCAACAUAAAAAUCCUCACCAUCAUCACCACCACCACCACCAUCAUCAUGGGCUUGCCGCUCAUGCGAGACAUGGGCUAAUGGAUGACCACGACCAGGAAAGUGACAGCGAUGAUAGUUGCCCAAUGGAUAACUCGAGUGUAUGCAGUAAUGGUGGAAAAGACGAGGAUGGCAAUAGUAUUAAAAACGGUCUGGGGCUCAAUACUUCCUCUGGUUUGAGUAAAAAGCAACGAAAAGCACGCACCGCCUUUACUGAUCAUCAGCUUCAAACUCUUGAAAAAAGUUUUGAAAGACAAAAGUAUCUGAGCGUACAAGACCGUAUGGAAUUAGCAAAUAAGCUCGGGCUGAGCGACACGCAGGUGAAAACGUGGUAUCAAAACCGAAGAACUAAAUGGAAGAGACAAACUGCUGUGGGGUUAGAAUUACUAGCAGAAGCAGGCAACUACGCAGCUUUUCAACGGUUAUAUGGUGGACCUCCUUACAUUGGUGGAUGGCCUUAUCCCACCCCUUCUGGGCCUCCUGGAACUCCACAAAGUGCGGUUGAUGCAUACUAUAGACAUGCAGCAGCAGCAGCAGCGCUGCAAAAACCACUUCCCUAUCGUAUUUAUCCUGGCGUUCCCGCUAUUGGAACGCUUAACUCCAUCCCGGGUCCUAGUGGUCCAUUUCCUCAUUUAUCUGCCUCCAAUUCACUCUCAACUCUAAGCAGCUACUAUCAAGCUGGUAACGGGCAACAGACCGGACCAUCAGUGCUUCAACAACAUCACCAAGCCCCAAGCGGUGGAUUAAACCAAGGGCGAGAAGGAAGUAGUCAACUUGAUAUUAGUAAUGUCAAUUCUCUUACGAGCAGUAGUAACCACAGUCUGAGUAGCCAAACUAGACAGAGUCCUAGCCCAAUGCUUAAUCCAGGAAGUCCACCAGGACAAUCGGAGAGUAACCCACCCGAUAGCGAAGACGAGGACGAAAAUAUUCAAGUAUGAAGUGCUCAUGGUCUAAAACAAGUUUAAAGUCACUUUUGCCUUCCCAACUCAAACCA